AUGGACAAAAAACGAACCUCAAGUUCAGUGGAAGAAGAAACAGGUGUGUUGAAAUCGGGCUACGUUACAGCUGCAUUUUCGCCCGUCAAAACAAAAAGGAUGUAUUACGCAGUAUUGGGUCAUCGAGCACUUGAAUUGCAUGAAAAUGAAAAGAAAUCUCAAAGGAAGAACAGACAUCCGCGACAUCUGAUUGAUCUCUCCACGUGUUUCAACAUCAAUCGGCAUUUUGAUGGUCGAUUGAAAUAUUGUAUAGCAAUUAUGACACCUGAUGAAACACUCGUUUUGCGAGCAGAAACAGAUGUGUUGAGUGAUGAAUGGUACGAUAUGUUAAUGUCUGCAUUGAUACCUGCACGAGCUUUACAUCUUGGACGGCCCGUUCUCGCUAACGAAUUUUUUGAAUGUGCUUGGGAUGUAACGAUGGUUGAACAUCCAAAGUUCCGAAAAUCAGUUAAAUCUUCGGAGAAAUUGAUUAAUUUAUGUACAAAAGACCCGUCAUUACUCGGGCCACAUCGAUUAUGUUUCUAUCAUCAUACGAUAAUUUUAUGUCGACGAGGUAUUGAGCCAGCACCUUCAGAUGCUUUAUCACAGUCAGGCAUUCCACCGUUCAAAGUAACCGACUUUGUGGAAUUUCCUCGACAGUACAUGGCUAGUUUUGGUUGCCAGGAGAGAUAUUUUUUUAUGGUAAUGGGCCGCUCAUCACCAUCUGGUUCCGGUGAAUUAUGGGCAUUGUGUGAUUGUGAAGAAGUAGCUGCAGAUGUACACAACAAAUUAAAUAAAAUUAUUGAAGAGGAAUGUGAGAAAAAGAAAAAAAUGCCGAAUGGACCGUUACUGCAUUUGACUUCUACGUAUCAUUCUCAUCGUGACCGACUUCAUACACACAGUGGACUUCGAAGAACAGGAACCACAAUGUCAAAAAAAUUGACUCCUGAUGAAAUGUCACUGAAAGAACGGCGAGCCCAAAUACGUGGUUACAAAUGGGCUGCAGAUUCAAUUCAGGAAAGAGCACAGGAAGACACACUCUCGCCCAAUGUUCCUUCCUUUCUGUGGUUUGAUUCGACUACCACUGCUAGAGGGAACUGUUUGAAGAAUUCACGAUCUGGGCAGAAUUCGUUAGUUAGGAAAAUUGAUCGGACGCGAAGUUUUGAAACGAAAGUAUCACUCUCCUCAUCAUCAGCAGUUCCUCGAGCAGGAAAUGAGAAUAACUGCAAAACAAUGAAUGAGAAGAAUAGUAAGGGAUAUUUCCCAGCAGAACUGUCAUUAGAAAGUUUGGAGUGGUCGAAUCUUUUUCGAAAUCAUCCCUCGUUUGCGUCAUCGUCAGCUACGGAAGAAACUGAAGACAGUGGUGGCACAUUACGGACCGAUUUGGAAGAAACAAAUCCUUCUAAAACAUCCGUUGAGCGACAGAUUAAAGCAACCAUCGAACGAACGCAUCCGUCCAUAUUAAAGCAGCAGUUCCUGCCUCAUUCGGAAUCUCGAAAAGUUAUUUCGACAACCAGUGGAUAUCCCGAAUGUGAUGAACGAGCCGAUGGAACAUCAUGUUCAGUUGCCGGAAGUACAAGUACCAAUGAUGAUUUCUUGCAGACAACACCUGGCGAAAUGUCAGAGGAUGCAUCUGGAGAUAAUUUGGAGUAUGCUCCAAUGGAAAUGAAUUCAUGGUCAUCGGGAAGUGCAUCACAUCUUGGUUUGUCAAUAGGAGAGCCACAAUUCAAUUUUGAGGAAGUGCGAUCAUAUGUAUCGGAUAGUAGUGAUAGUUGCUAUUCUUCAAUGGUAGCAAACGGUGCACCGCGAGCAUAUUCUUUUGGUACGUCACAUAUUGUGCAUCAGCAACCGCGGCGUUCAGGAAGAAAACUGAUGCAUCCUGAACAUGGUUCACCGGCACCGGAUUCCUUGCGCAAUAGUGGUACCUUACCGCAAAAUGAAGAUGUGCAUCAUUCGAAUAAGCCAUCACCGUCGACUUCUGCAUCGCAAGAAGAUGCUCGAAAGAGGGCUUUUUCUUUAGGCAGUAGCAAAUCGUGGUUUCAGAAACCAUUUCGAAAGCUAUCUCGAGAUUUUAUAUCACGUGCACAUCGUUUAUCGAAUACAUCGCAAACAUCAUCAACAAGUUCAACCGGUUUAUCACUCGUUCAUUCGCCGAAUUCUUCCUUUUUACCCUCAACACCUCAAGCGUUCAUAGCUCCUGAUCCAUAUCCAACUUCUCGUGUUCGAUCUGGAAGCAUAGGGUCAGGACUUUCAACCCCAUAUUCGAAACGGCAUCUGAGUAACGAUCCUACAGGCGAUCAUGUUCCAGUGGAUUUUGGUGGCGGUGGCUUAUCACUUGGGAAAUCAGCAAGUGGUUCACUGCAUAGUGUUGAUAGUCCGUCAAGAUCAAGAACUUCAUCGUUUGGUUGUGGACAACGAUGUUAUGGAUUACGCGAUACAAGCGAUGUCGUUAUGCAUGCAACGGAUACAGAAAGCGAGUGUGCUUCAGCACUUUCAUCACGAUGUACAUAUGAACGACGUAGGGAGCAACUCAAUAGCUCAGUAUGCAUACCAAAUGAAUUUGAUGAAACAGACGACUAUGUCAUAAGAGAUCCAGCAAAUGCGUCGGAUAUUCAUAUUAGUUCAUCACGAGUUAGUCAUGAAGGACAAUUGUGUGCUAAUAGUUAUCCAGAUUCUCGUAGUUCACAAAUUUUUGAAACGAUACAAGAAAGUUUAUCAGGACGAUCAUCUCCUACAAAAGAUACUGAUUCGAUUGGGAGUUACGAAGAGCAGGAAGCCAGCGAUAAAACGGAUAGGAAGUCUGAUAACAGUAAAUCCAUCGAAAAGAAAAUUUGUAAGGAAGAUAGUAAUGAUGGUGAAAGUGAGCAAGAACAGAAAAAAACAUUGUGUUCUGGUCGUGAUUUAGAAUUUGUUCCUGUGGAUCCAUCUCAGUGA